AGUUGUAUAAAGUGUGUAAUAGUAGUUAUACAAGGAAAUACAAAAAUGAAGUUGUUAAUUGUAUUAAUUGCUAUAAUCCAGGGUAUUGUCCGUGUCCAAUCGGAGGAUUAUUGCAAUAUCUAUCAUUGCGGUCAAAGACAUAUUGCCUGUAAUAAUGAUGGGCGACUUUCACUGAACUGCCCAUCAUCAGCAAUAGUUGCCAAUGUAAUUAAACAUAAGGAUUUGAUAUUGGAGCUGCAUAACAACGUACGUAAUGCUUAUGCUGAAGGCGUUGGUUCACUUCCUCCGGCAGGACGAAUGGCUCAAAUGGUUUGGUGUGACGAAUUAAGUGAAAUGGCAUUACUGAACGUUAAGACAUGUGAGAUGAAACAUGACGAAUGUCGUAGCACUUUGCGUGCUCCAUUCUCUGGUCAAAAUAUUGGCUUGUACAGUUAUACAACUGAUGAGCCAGCCAAAACAGUUGCUUGGUUAGUCGAAAAUCGUUUUAAUGCUUGGGUUAAUGAAUCAAUAAAUGUAACUCCAGAUGAGAUAAGUAAAUAUCCUGAAGAGGUAACUGGAGAACAAAUCGGGCAUUUCACUCUCGUCGUCACCGACAGAGCAACUCAUGUUGGGUGUGCUGCGAUCCGUUAUAAGAUAGAUGGUUACAGAAAUUUCUUGUUAACAUGUAAUUACGCUUCUAAUAAUAUAAUUGGAAAGCCCGUGUACAAAACUAGUGAGACUUCAGCUGCAGAUUGCGAAACUGGUGUUAGUGAUGUGUACCCCAAAUUGUGCAGUAUUGAUGAGGAGUACUACGACGAUAAAGUAAAUUAAAGUAAAUUAAGUAAUGGACAAAACGUAUAAAAAAAAAUCAUGAAGGAUAUAUAUCAUGAAUCGGGCUUAAGAAUGGAUAUUUGGACAGAGAUGGAUUUUUUUUAAAUACUGUUUUGAAAUUUAACUACAUAAGAAAACAUUUGCAAUUUAUAUUAUCUAAAUAUUA